UAGAUAUUAUUUCGAAAUAAACUUCAGAUUUUAUAAAGAAGAAAUUUGACAAUUAAAGUUAGAAUUUCGCAGUUUCUCGAAGAAAUUUUCUUAAAUAAUACGACGCUGUCAACAUUCGAAAAUUGUUUAAAAAAAUUAAAAGUGUGGCUUCCGAGCAAGUUAAAAAUCAAUUCGAAAUUUAACUUCCUGGAUGAAAGUGGUGGAGCGACGUGGUGGUGUUCGCUGGGAGUAUUGGGCAUUUACAAACGCUGACAAAUAUCAGAAAGUGUAUAUUUGGAAAUAAAAGACAAGACUAAUUAAGCCCAAUUGUGCACCGUGAUAAUUUGAAAACGGUUUCCAUAGUAUAUUUACCAGAAAAGCAGUUGUGAACGCAUCUUCAUCGGAACCAAUUAUGGCAGUAGUACUACGCAGCAGUAGAAAAUGGUUCAGUCCGACGUUAAAUAAUCUUUCUAAUAACUAUUUUACCUAUUCUAAUGAGCUGGCUCAUCCAAUACAACGUGAAACACCAAUUGUUUGUCCUGAUGAAGCGGUUAGCGUUAUAAAAUCAGGUGAUACCGUAUUUUGCUCCGGUGCAGCAGCCACACCUAUUGAUCUUCUCAAUGCUAUGACAAAACAUGGAAAAGACAAUUGUCUGGAAAAUGUAACUGUUUGUCAUAUGCAUACCGAGGGUCCCGCAACGUAUUGCCAACCCGAAUAUUCAGAUAUCUUUCGCUCUAGUUCAUUCUUUAUGGGUGGUAAUGUACGUAAAGCUGUGGCGGAGGGACGUGGCGAUAAUAUGUCCAUAUUCUUACAUGAAAUUCCAAAAUUAUUUUUUAAAAAAAUUAUUAAACCUGACGUCUCGUUAGUCCAUGUUUCACCACCAGAUGAGCACGGAUACUGCAGUUUAGGUACGAGUGUAGAUUGUGUGCGCGCUGGUUUAAUGCACUCUAAAGUAAUUAUAGCGCAAAUGAACAAGCAAAUGCCGCGCACAUUUGGAGGUGCCCUUAUUCACUCCUCCCAUUUUGAUGCUGCCGUAGAGGUUGACACUCCUCUACCACAACACGGUGGAAAGGGCCCUAGUGAUGUUGAAACAAAAAUUGGUAAACUGAUUGCUGAAAAUUUAGUCAAAGACGGUGCCACAUUGCAAAUGGGAAUUGGUAGUAUUCCUGACGCAGUGCUUAAUGCACUGCAUAAUCACAAAGACUUAGGCAUACAUUCUGAAAUGUUCGCAAAUGGUGUCGUCGAUUUAGUAAAGAAAGGAUGUGUAACUAACAGCAAAAAAAAAAUGCAUCAAGGACGGAUUGUGGGCUCGUUUUUGAUUGGCAAUCAAGCAUUAUAUGAUUUUGUGAACAACAAUCCAUUUAUUGAAAUGCAUGUAAUUGACUAUGUUAACGACACCAGCAUAGUUAAGCAGCAACCCCGUAUGACAGCGAUCAAUUCAUGUAUUGAAGUCGAUUUGACGGGUCAAGUAUGCUCAGAUUCAAUUGGCACACGUUUCUAUUCUGGCUUUGGUGGACAGGUAGAUUUUAUACGUGGUGCUGCAGAAGGCUUUGAUGGCGAAGGUGUGCCAAUCAUCGCUAUGCCAUCAGCAACUAACAAAGGACAAAGCAAAAUAUCACCUGUAUUAAAACCAGGUGCCGGUGUUGUCACUUCACGUGCUCACGUACACUACGUAGUUACUGAAUAUGGCAUUGCGUCUCUAUUUGGUAAAAAUAUGCGUCAACGUGCCUGUGAACUUAUUAAAAUUGCACAUCCUGACCAUCGUCAGGCCCUCGAAAAAGCUGCAUUUGAACGUCUUAAAGUAAUGCCAUCUAAAUAAACCAAAUAUAAAUGAAAUUUAAACAAUUUAAGCUUAAGAAAAAUUUUGAAUAAAAUUGUACAUUUUUAUAAUUUCGAUUAAAUUUCAUGAUUCCGAAACUAUACUCAACACUUAGCGAAUGAAAAAAAAGGAAAUAUUUCGUAAUGAAUAAAUACGUAGUGUUCUAUUAUAUUUUAUAAAUAAAUAAUAUAAACAA